UUAGACUUGAGGGUAUUUUUGUCAGGAGCAUGUAACUGUUUUUGUAAAACACUAAUUUUUGAUAAUGCGGCGUGGGGAACCUCUCCCACGAGCCUUUCAGGCUCCAGUAGAUGUCCAUGCCAGUGCGGACGGACAGGUAUACAUGUUCAUGAACAGAGAGGAAGAUGCGUUAUCUGAGGAUGAAGAGUUAAAUGUCAUGGAGCUCAGGCCUCGAAGCCGGGAGGUGUCUUCGCAGGAACGAGAGCGUGAAAGGGUCGGUGAUCUGAUGCUGCUUGAAAGGGACAUCUCUCAUGGUGACAAUCUAAAUAAACUGGCUUUGCAAUAUGGAUGUAAGGUGGCAGACAUAAAGCGUGUGAACAACCUCAUCCAAGAGCAGGACUUGUACGCAUUAAAAUCGAUCAAAAUCCCUGUGAAGAAAUACGGACUGCUAACAGAAGCUAACGCAGAGUUAAAGGAGCCUCAGCCGAGAUCUUCUUCCAGUCCUUCCCCAACUUCUGCUGCACUUUCUCCCUCACCCAUUCCUCAGGCACAGGAAUACACAGAUUUCCUCAGAGAGGUGGACAAUGACAUUGAGAGACUCAUCCAAAGCACAGAUGGUCCAGAAGAGGUGUACCCAGGCAGGUCUGAGGGUUUACGGCUGGGUUCUAGGGGUCAACGCUUGGGUAGCUACGGUGCAGAUUGGGGCAUCCAGUGGUGGAAUGCUGUAGUGGCAAUGCUGCUCAUAGGUAUCGUCUUACCAAUAUUCUACAUGGUGUACUUUAAAACCAGAAAUCAUGGAACAUCUGGUAUGGAGGACAAUGUGGUCAAUGUCUCUCUCACUACCUCAGACAAUUCUACAGCAAGCCUUAGAAUGACAGACGCCAAGAGCACUCUGCACAUGGACAAUUCACAAACAUAGUCAUGAAAGAUAAUGGUCUCAACGCUCCUAUUAUGUGUUAUGUAACUUGAGCAAAUGUGUUUCUCUUUUUUUUCCCUUCAUUACCUUUGAAAUCAGAUUUUAGUCAGAGUUUUAUGUAUACUGCACAAAGCCACAGAGCCUUAAAUGAGAUCAAUUCAGUUUAGAUGAGAAAAAAUUACAUUUCAGUUCAGUGUAUUUUGCCAAGGUCAUUAUAAUUUUUUUACUCUAAAUUGUUUGCUUAGUUUUACCUUGACAU